AUGGAUGUUGGUCGUUUCUCAAAGAAUGCAGAUGACAGAAACAUCAAUAUAGCAAUUACUAGUUCUUCUUUGCAGCCGUUUACGGAGCAGCAAUGGAGAUUAAAUCAGCAGUAUAGAAUUAACACCGAGAGGAAACGUGCAGUGACAAUCCAUGUGUCUGAUAAAGAAGGAGUUAGAUUACAAGGAGCAGGAAUUAUGGUAGACCAAGUCGCGAAAGAUUUCCCAUUUGGGUCUGCUAUAGCAAAGACCAUUCUUAGAAAUUUUCCCUAUCAGAACUGGUUUGUCAAGCGAUUCAAUGCAGCAGUUUUUGAAAAUGAACUGAAGUGGUAUGCAACAGAACCUAAACCGGGGCAGAUCAACUACACUCUAGCAGACCAGAUGCUGGAAUUCAUUCGAGCAAACCAAAUCAUUGCUCGAGGCCACAAUAUCUUCUGGGAGGACCCCAAGUAUACACCGGCUUGGGUUCUCAACCUGACAAGUUCUAAACUGCAAUCAGCUGUGAACUCCAGAAUACAAAGUUUAAUGAGUAAAUACAAAGAAGAAUUCAUACACUGGGAUGUGAGCAAUGAAAUGCUUCAUUUUGAUUUCUAUGAGCAAAGGCUUGGUCCAAAUGCCACCUUGAAUUUCUUCAAGACAGCACACCAAUCCGAUCCAUUGGCUACACUGUUCAUGAAUGAGUUUAACGUAGUGGAGACUUGCAUUGAUAUCAAUUCCACAGUUGAUACCUAUAUUUCAAGGAUGAGAGAACUCAAAGAAGGUGGAGUUUCCAUGGAUGGAAUUGGUCUGGAGGGUCACUUUACAGUACCAAACCGUCCUCUAAUGAGAGCUAUCAUGGACAAGUUGGCUACACUUGGACUUCCUAUUUGGCUUACAGAAGUUGAUAUUAGCAAAACCCUUGAUCAGGAAACACAGGCUGUUUAUUUAGAACAAGUUUUGAGAGAGGGAUUCUCCCAUCCUGCUGUGAAUGGAAUUAUGCUGUGGACAGCCCUGCAUCCAAAUGGAUGUUACCAGAUGUGCCUUACAGACAAUGACUUCAAUAAUCUCCCAGCGGGCGAUGUGGUAGAUAAGCUAUUGAAAGAAUGGCAAACUGGGGUGGUCGAGGGUCAGACAGAUGAGCACGGUUCAUAUAGCUUCUUUGGAUUCUUGGGUGAAUACAGAGUUAUGGCUAAUUAUGGGAACAGAACAGCCAAUUCAACAUUUUCACUAUUGAGAGAUGGGCCUUUGUAUGAUUUUUCUGCUUAUACUGAGGUAAAUGCAUAUUCAUCUGUGACAUCAGUUCAGUUGCAAUUUCUUGCAUGCAAAGCUGUGCCGGAAGAUCCACUCUACCAUGGUGGGAUCAUGAAAGAUCAUAUUCACAAGGUCCAAAGGGGGCUCAGUCAAUCUGGAAGUGGUGUUGACAUUCCUGCAAUUGUGUUGCACAAUCUUACUGGCAGUGCCAUUUACAGUUGGGUCAAGAUAGCAGGUGCAGAUUCGUCUGUCAUAACAGCUAGUCUAACCACAGAUAGUGCUACAUUUAGUUGCAUAGGAAAUGUUAUCGCAAAGUGCGGGUGCUGGUCAUUUCUGAAAGGUGGAUUUGUUCUUGAUUUGCCUGCAAAUUUCUCAAUCCUCUACUUUCAGAACUCAGAUGGGAGAGGCAUCAACAUAAGUGUUGCAAGUGCUUCUUUGCAGCCAUUCACUGAACAGCAAUGGAGGACUACCCAACAAUACAAAAUUGACAAGGAACGAAAACGAGCUGUCACAAUCCAUGCUUCAGAUGUACAUGGAGAGAGUUUACAAGAAGCAACUAUUAGAGUAAAGCAAGUUUCAAGAGAUUUCCCAUUUGGAUCUGCCAUAGCUGAGACCAUUCUUGGCAAUUUGCAAUACCAGAGUUGGUUUGUUGGACGAUUCAACGCUGCAGUGUUUGAAAAUGAGCUCAAGUGGUACUCAACAGAACCCAAACCAGGGCAGGUCAAUUACACCAUACCGGAUCAAAUGCUGGAGUUUGUUCGAGCUAAUCAAAUCCUGGCAAGGGGCCAUAACAUCUUCUGGGAGAAUCCCAUGUUUACGCCUGCUUGGGUUCGUAAUCUCACAGGUCCUGAGUUAAAGUUGGCUGUCAACUCUCACAUACAAAGUCUAAUGACAAAAUACAAAAACGAAUUCAUACACUGGGAUGUCAACAAUGAAAUGCUUCAUUUUGAUUUCUAUGAGCAAAGACUUGGCCCCAAUGCUACACUGCAAUUUUUUGAGUCAGCACACCAGUCAGACCCAUUGGCGACCUUGUUUAUGAAUGAAUUUAAUGUGGUGGAGACUUGCAAUGAUGUUAAUUCCACAGUGGAUACCUACAUUUCAAGGCUGAGAGAACUCAAACGAGGUGGCGUGUCAAUGGAUGGAAUCGGGCUAGAAGGCCACUUUACGGUACCAAACCCUCCUUUAAUCAGGGCAGUCUUAGACAAGUUGGCCACCCUAGAGCUUCCCAUUUGGUUCACAGAAGUCGAUAUCAGCAACACUCUUGACAAGGAGACACAGGCCACAUAUCUAGAGGCAGUUUUGAGAGAAGUUUUCUCACACCCUUCAGUAAAUGGAAUUAUACUUUGGACUGCGCUACAUCCAAAUGGUUGUUACAGAAUGUGCCUAACAGAUAACGAUUUCCAUAACCUCCCAGCUGGUGAUGUUGUUGACAAUCUCCUGAAAGAAUGGCAAACUGGGUUGGUGGGGGGCCAGACAGAUGACCAUGGUUCAUUCAGCUUUUAUGGGUUUUUAGGUGAAUAUAAGGUCACUAUUAACCAUGGCAACCAAACUGCAACUUCAACAUUCUCACUCUGCAGAGGGGAUGAAACCAGACAUUUAAAUAUUCAAGUGUAA